CGGCGACUGGCGGCACUCGCCUGGGCUGUGCCUGCAACUGGAGGCGAUGGGAGAGCGGCGCCGGGAGAGGCUCGGGGGCGCCGGGACUUUGCCCCGAGGAGGAGGAGGAGGAGGAGGAGGAGCGAGAGGGACCGCGCCAGGAGCCGCCGCAGCAGCCGCCGCAACCGCGUGGCUUUAAACAGCACGCCUGCUUUUGUUUUGGCUUCAACCGUCAUUUUCUUCCUCCGUUUUCCUCCCUCUCCAUCCUGCCAAACAAAGGAAGCAGAAGAAAGAGAGAGAGAGAGGUAUCUAUCCCAUCGAUCAUAUCUAUCUAUCUAGAGACAUCAUCUUGUUGUGCUGGAGACAUGCGUUCGGUCCGGAAGAGGUGGACUAUCUGCACCAUCAGCAUCCUCCUGAUUUUUUACAAGACAAAAGAGAUCGCCAGGACCGAGGAGCACCAGGAGGCGCAACCCAGCGGAGAUGGUGAUUCAAGUUUGAGUAGAUCAAUGGUCAAUAAUUCUGACAAAAUAAACCAAAAGAGUGGCUCUUCAGUGUUCCAGCAUUCUGUGGAGAGAUGGAAAAUCAAUUCCUCCUUGGUGCUAGAAAUAAGGAAGAAUAUUCUUCGAUUCUUGGAUGCAGAAAGAGACAUCUCUGUGGUCAAGAGCAGCUUCAAGCCAGGAGAUGUAAUUCACUAUGUGCUAGACAGACGCCGUACCCUAAACAUUUCCCAAGAUCUACACAGCCUCCUUCCUGAAGUUUCACCAAUGAAGAACCGUCGCUUUAAGAUGUGUGCCGUUGUAGGCAAUUCUGGCAUCCUCUUGGAUAGUGGAUGUGGAAAAGAGAUUGACAGCCAUGAGUUUGUUAUAAGGUGCAAUCUAGCUCCCGUGGUGGAGUUUGCUGCAGAUGUGGGAACUAAAUCAGAUUUUAUUACCAUGAACCCAUCAGUUGUACAAAGAGCAUUUGGAGGCUUUCGGAAUGAGAGUGACAGAGAAAAAUUUGUGCAUAGACUAUCCAUGCUGAAUGACAGUGUCCUUUGGAUCCCUGCUUUCAUGGUCAAAGGCGGAGAGAAGCAUGUGGAGUGGGUUAAUGCAUUAAUCCUUAAGAAUAAAUUGAAAGUGCGAACUGCCUAUCCAUCACUGAGACUUAUUCAUGCUGUCAGAGGUUAUUGGCUAACUAACAAAGUUUUCAUCAAACGACCCAGCACAGGACUCCUCAUGUACACGCUUGCUACACGAUUCUGUGAUGAAAUUCACCUCUAUGGAUUUUGGCCCUUCCCAAGGGAUAUAAAUGGAAAAACGGUCAAAUAUCAUUAUUACGAUGACUUAAAGUAUCGAUACUUUUCUAAUGCCAGCCCGCAUAGGAUGCCAUUAGAAUUUAAAACUUUGAACAUGUUACAUAACAGAGGAGCUCUUAAAUUGACCACGGGGAAAUGUGCACAGCAAUAAAGCACAAGUCAAGAACAAAGAGAAGUAAAGGAAAUGGGUUUUGUGAUUUUGAUUACAUGGAAAAACAGGGGGAUCCCAACUGGAUAUAUCCCAGUGCAUUGUAACAAGCCAUUGGUGAAAAAGGAAAUACAUCAGAAGAGCGCCCAUUACCAGCUAACGUUUCACCAGUUGAAGUGCUAAAUCUUUGAGUGCAAUGGUUCGAGUAAGUGCCACUUUCACUGAAAACAAAACUUGAAUGUAUAAAAUCAGUUGUGUUUACAAGAUCCAAUGAUGCAUUCAUCACCUGUUAAAAGAAGCUGCUCAUUUGCCACCGCAAGCAUCAAGCAACAGAAAAAGAAAUACCUAACUGGUGGGAUCUGUCCUUAUGAAAAUGCAUGCCUCUGGCCAUGGAAAAACCAAGGUGGAAUUGGCAGCGCAAUGUAAAACAUUGCAAAGAGCAAGCAAAAUACCUUCAGUCAGGAGAAUGCCUGGCUUUGUAUUAUAAUCUCUUUCCCUCUCUCUCCCUCCUUCUGAUUUUGAAAUUGUCAUUCAUUUUAUGUUGUUUGAGUACUGGAAACCUUUUAAGGGAUUUUGAAAAGAACAAUAUGAACCUUUUAGGCAAUCUUCAAGAAGUGGUCUUAGAAGAUGUUAUUUUUAAAGAGAAACCCCAGUGCAUUUUAAGUUCUGCAUUGUAUGCUAUUGUUCAGCUUAUACUUGGCAUAUGCUUUACAGCUAAAACUGCCUCCAUGCCAUGACUGCACCAAACUGCUGCACUAAAUGGGGCCAGUUGCCAGGUUUUGCUUCUGCAGCCCUUGGAGAUGCAAUAGCCACUGCCAGGAAUAUGUAGUGCUGGCAAAGAUGAUGUGCGGAUAUUCACUCUACACCUAAAUGUUGUAGUGGGAAAGCAUAAUCUAACAGAUACUAUAGGGGGAUAUUUGUUUUAUAAUAAUAUAACAUAAGCAGAUCAGGGCUUAGAACCUCCCAUAUGCCUUGCUCUACCUAACACCUUGUAGCUGAGCUGGGCUGCAAUUAUCAUCUUCACUGAACCAUAACCCUACAGGCUGAGGAGAUGGAUGUUAUAGUCUAACAUGUCUGGAGGGUGCUAUUUUGAGGGACACUGAUUUUGGUGCUUAUGUCAGAGUUAAUCAAAAUGCUAAAUGAACAAAAUUGCCGAAAACCUGUUAGUGAGUUUCCAGGGCAUAAACGCAAGUGACAUCUUUGUAACUUAUUUUUUGGUCAUUGCAAAGGACAGAAUUCUGUUCUGGCUACAUGACCAAAAUCUCCCCCCGGUUCUCUUGCAAAACCUGUAUCUUCUCUGCUUAAGCCCACCCAUAACCAUUUCUGUGUUAACACUCUCCACCAAUACAGAAAUUGCUCCAUGUGUGAAUUAGGGGGAUUAAUCCAGAUGUCCUGACCCACUCAGCUCCUGUCCAGUUUAGGCUCAAAGGACACACUUAACCACUGAGAGUAUAAAUGUCAGUGACAUUUUUUCAAUGACAAAUGAAGGGGAAUACAUUUAUCAAUAAGCAAAAAGUAUCCUCACAUCCUUUGAGCUGAAACUCUGACAAAGCUUCAAGUGGAUAUUGCAUUGCUAUUGCAUUGCUCUUUUAGCUCCAGAUGGCCCUUCGUGUUUCUGAGCUGACAUUUCCCCUUCCAUAGACUAGAACAAAAGAAAUGCAGGAUUAUAUAUUUCAACAAGGUAAUACAGCAGAGAACAGAUGCAUUGGUGGUUGCAUCAGGAAAUGUAUCAUAGUUGUGUGCUGAAUAUACCUUGCCUGUUAUAGGAUCCCAGACAUUUAAUUUUUUUAAUGUCUAUGUAAGAGCGCCCCCUUUAUUUUGAAGAAAACUAGCCAUGGGACUCCAGGCGAGAUUGUGAACCAAGUCCAAAUCUGCCUAUUUAAGUAGUUGUAUGUUGUGACCAACAGCGAGGAAAUAUAUUUUCCCUAAGAUAUUGAUGUAGUCCUCCGAACCAGGUUGGAAAUAUCAUUCCUACAACUGCAUUUUCUUCAAAAUAAAAAUAAACAAUUCGAGCAUUUUAAAAAAUUAGGGGGGGGGGUAAUUUGUAGUUUGGAUGAAAAUUAAUUGAAACAGGAAUUAACAACAUAAAUCUAAACUGAAUUGCUAGUUCCAGCUAGGAUAGAUUUAUUGCAUCAAUCACUCACGUGAAACUUUUUGGUUCAUUGGGUGUCUUUAGUUGAGACUAGCCCUUGAAAUUGAACCAUAUCAUUUGGCCCUUCACUACAGUUUAAAUUCUCCUGAAAAAUCUGUUAUUUUAAGCUUUCUUUAGAUAUGAUUGUUCUCUCACAUGGCAAAUGAAGAUGAUACCAUGAAUAAGCAGGUGCCCUUACAUUUGGUACCAAAGAUUAUGCUGAUUUUGUAAUUGAUGUGUGUUUAUUUUUCUUUUAAUAAUGUAAACAUGUACAUUUAGUACUUUAUUGCUAUGCUGCUGAAGAAACUGUUUUCAGUCUAUUUUGUUUUCUAGUUGAUUUGAUGUCUUAAUUUUGUUUGAAUGGAAAAUCCCUUGACUUUGUUUUUUUUUUAUGUUCACCUUGAAUAUUUCAAACAGGGCAAAACAGAUGUUUCCCUUUUAAAAAUUGGAAUUUGGCCAUAAUCUUCAGUCUAGAUAAGAUAAUUAAUCAGACAGAAGAGAUAAACACUGAAAAUAAAUUUAGCAGCCAUAAUGGAUUUUUCCUAGCUUCCAGAAUUUUUUAAAGAAAUACACUCUACAUAGUGCUGGACAAUGUGUUUUCCCCCUGUUUUUUAUAUUCUUAUAGAUGACAAUACCACUGGUCAAUUCUGUUGCAUUUUCUCUGCUGAAUGCUCCUUUUUCUGUUAUUAAUAUGUGAGCAAGUUCUAUAACUGAAAUGUUGCUUUGGGUACACACUGAGGAUUAUGAAAAAAUUCAGUUCAUUUAAGAAGGGUUGUAAACAGAAUGGCUGGAAACUUUAAACUUAUCUGGAAAGUUUCAAAGCACAAUAAUAAAUGACUUCAGAAUUGCAAGGGAGGGGAGGAAUAAAGUAUGAUUUCUUUGCUCAGCUAUCACAUAUUUCUGUUUUCUAAGUAAGGAAAAAAACUGAUGAAAAGCAAACACAAUAGCUUUUUAAUAAGUUUUAUGGAGUGGACGAUAUUAGGUAGAGUAAGUAAAGAGAAUUAUUUCCUCUUGUGUAGAACAAUCUUGAAUUCCUAUCAAACCAUCUGGUCCUUAGUUCUGAUGCUUACUGAAGCAACUCUAAGCUUGUUUUAUAUUUCUGUCUUAGAAUGUUACUAUUUUAAUAAGGAAAUAAUGCUUAGUCAAGUUGGCCAUCCUUCUAUCCAGAUCCCUUCUACAUUGCCAUAUAAUCCACAUUAUUUGCUUUGAAUUGGAUUAUAUGAGUCUGCACUGCCAUAUAAUCCAGUUCAAAGCAGAUAAUCUGGAAUUUAUAUGGCAGUGUAGAAGGGCCCCCAGUGUCAUUUUCAUUAAAUUCAACUUGCAAUAAGACUCUGACUUCUAAUUACUUUUUAAAACACAGCAGCUAUUCUGUAUCUUCACUGUACAUCUUUCACUUUGUGUCCAUUUCCAAAAUAUGUCCAUGGUACUGCUCCAUUGGUUUGGUACAGCACCUACCAAGUGAAGACUACUGGUUUGUUUUGUCCAGCUGCAUGUUAGGUAUGGAUAUGAAUACCUCUUUCACCAUAAGAAUUAACUGUCUACUCUAGUAUCCUGUUUCCUGCAGCAGUCUUGAAAGUAUCUAAAUAGGACAUGCAUAAAUGUCUAAUUUUUGCUCCUUUUAAUGGCCCCUUACAUGGCUUCUUUUUGCCAUGUACUUUGCUAUUUUACUGUCCUGAUCUAAAUCAGUACACCUUGUCAGGGCACUGAACUUUACUGAGAAUAGCAAGCCAAUAGAAAAUAAUAAAUCCCUUGGUUACCAUACCAUCAUGCCAGCUGUGCUCUUGUAAAGAAAUACCACUCAUUGGCUUAGGCUUCUAAGAAUUAGCAAGUAUUUUUAGGGUUGUAGACUUAAGUACUGUGAGAAACCAUCACAUUUGGUACUGAUUGUAUUUCAAUAUAUUACUGUUUUUCAUCUUUCCAUAACACAAUCUGGUAUAAACUUGCAUUUGUUUAAGUGUUUCACAUGGAAUGAGGCCACAGGCUAAUGCUCUCUCUAAGAAGACAUCCCAAAAAAGUCUUCAGUUUGUAUUUAUGGUCAUGUGUUAGCUUUUGUAUUUCAGCACAACAUGGUCAUUAAACAUACUGGAACAGGA